AUGCUUCCUCCCAGCCCUCUUACCAACUCCGUCAUCGCCCUGGGCGAUGUGCGGUGCAACAUCGUAGCUACCCGCAAGAUCGCGGGGCACACUGACUACGCCAUCCGAGUGCAGACCGACCGCUAUGGCGGCGAGGAUCUCGUAUACCGGCGCUUCUCGGCCUUUCUGCAGCUUCAGCAGCUCGUGCGCCUUCGCUUGCAGGAGGACGGCAUGUGCUGUGGCGGUGAUAAGAACUGCCUGCUCGCAUCCUGCCUCGAGCGCGUGUUCGUGGAUACUGACUUUCCCGUCAUGCAAGGCCGCCUCCUCGGCAAGAACUCCAAGAGCGUAGUCCGCGAACGUGUACUGUUUCUAAACGCCUUCCUACUGGAACUUGAGGAGGCGCUCUGCAAGUGCCCGCCGGUGGUCAUGACUUGCUGCGAGAAGCAGGGCUGCAAGAUCACCAAGCUGCUAAAGAGCUUCUACGGCUGCCUCGUGGUGGCACCGGGCAACGAUUCCAUCUAA